AUGGGAGGUACCAAACCCAGAUUACUUCACGCAAUUCGCUCCAUUCUCUUUCUCCUUCUCACUCUGCCAUGUCUGCUUCCAUCGACCCGCUAUGUGUCUGCUACCUCGCAGCAGCAGCAACCCAUCAAGACUAUUGUAGUUUUGGUUAUGGAGAACCGCUCGUUCGAUCACAUGCUGGGAUGGAUGAAGAAAGCCGUCAAUUCAGUGAUCAAUGGGGUUACGGGUGAAGAAUGCAAUCCGGUAUCCACAAAAAGUCCGAAACCAGAAGCAAUUUGCUUCACGGACGAUGCGCAGUUCGUGGACCCGGAUCCGGCGCAUUCGUUUGAAGCAGUGGAACAACAGGUAUUCGGCUCUGCUUCCUUUCCUUCCAUGACUGGAUUUGUGGAACAAGCAUUAUCUGUGUCUCAAAACCUCUCUGAGACAGUCAUGAAAGGCUUUAGACCUGAAUCUCUGCCCGUUUAUGCCGCUCUAGUCCGAGAAUUCGCUGUAUUUGAUAGGUGGUUUUCUUCAAUUCCGGGCCCUACUCAGCCAAAUAGGCUUUUUGUGUACUCUGCUACUUCUCAUGGUUCAAUAAGCCAUAUCGCCAAGCAAUUAGCAAAAGGGUAUCCACAGAAAACCAUUUUCGACUCUCUCCAUGAGAAUGACAUAGACUUUGGGAUAUAUUUCCAGAACAUUCCCACAACCCUGUUCUUUAGAAAUCUAAGGAGAUUGAAAUACAUAUUCAAGUUCCAUCAGUAUGAUCUGAAGUUCAAAAAGGAUGCUAGAAAUGGGAACCUUCCUCCCUUGACAGUGAUCGAGCCUAGGUACUUCGAUUUGAUAGGCUUCCCUGCCAAUGAUGAUCACCCAUCUCAUGAUGUUGCAAAUGGACAGAAGCUUGUGAAAGAGGUGUAUGAGACUCUGAGAGCAAGCCCUCAAUGGAAUGAGACUCUUCUGGUGAUUACAUAUGAUGAACAUGGUGGGUUUUAUGAUCAUGUGAAGACUCCUUUUGUCAGUAUUCCUAGUCCAGAUGGGAAUACAGGACCUGCUCCAUAUUUUUUCAAGUUUGAUCGGUUAGGUGUUCGCGUGCCCACUAUUAUGAUCUCACCCUGGAUUAAGAAAGGAGCUGUUGUAAGUAGCCCCAAAGGACCAGCUCAAAACUCAGAGUUUGAGCACUCUUCUAUCCCUGCCACCAUUAAGAAGAUGUUCAACCUUUCCUCUAAUUUCUUAACUCACAGAGAUGCAUGGGCUGGCACAUUUGAGAGUAUUGUUUCAGAGUUAAACUCACCCAGAGCGGAUUGCCCAGAGACUUUGCCAGAAGUUACGCCUCUAAGUAGGAGUGAAGCAAAGGAAGAUGCAGGGUUAUCAGAGUUUCAGAGUGAGCUGGUCCAAUUGGCUGCUGUUCUGAAUGGGGACCAUUUCUUGAGCAGUUUCCCAGAAGAAAUGAGCAAGAAGAAGAGCGUAAAGGAAGCUGAUGGAUAUGUUAAAGGAGCUGUUUCAAGAUUCAUAAGAGCCAGCAAAGAAGCUAUCAAGCUAGGGGCAGAUGAGUCUGCUAUUGUAGAUAUGAGAUCAUCCCUCACCACCAGAUCUUCACCUCACAAUUAAAAAGAAAGAGAAUAAUAGAUUAUUGCAGUGUGGUUUGUGCCUGCCUUUGUAAUGUAUCUAGUUAAGAACGGGUCAUGUAGUUAAGUAAUCCUUUUAGGGUUGAUACUUGAAAGAUGUAGAAGAGAAGUGUGCGAUGCUGAAAUUCUGUUCUUUACAAUUGAAAGAGGAAAAGGAAUAACACUAAAUUUAAGUGAUUGCAGCAAAUUAGCAAUCACUUUAUUCUUUCU